CACCGCCCGGGCCUCGCCCAGCGAUGCAGAAAGCCACCUACUACGACAACGCUGCGGCCGCACUCUUCGGAGGCUACUCCUCGUACCCUGGCAGCAAUGGCUUCGGCUACGACGGUCCCCCUCAACCCCCCUUACAGGCCGCCACGCACCUGGAGGGUGACUACCAGCGCUCAGCGUGCUCGCUGCAGUCCCUGGGCAACGCCGCCCCGCACGCCAAGAGCAAGGAGCUCAACGGCAGCUGCAUGAGACCCGGCCUGGCCCCCGAGCCCCUGCCCGCCCCGCCCGGCUCACCCCCGCCCAGCGCUGCACCUACCAGUACCACUAGCAACAGCAGUAACGGGGGCGGCCCCAGCAAAAGCGGCCCCCCCAAGUGCGGUCCCGGCUCCAACUCCACCCUCACCAAACAGAUAUUCCCCUGGAUGAAAGAGUCGAGGCAAACGUCCAAGCUGAAAAACAUCUCCCCUGGCACAGCAGAGGGCUGCGGCGGCGGCGGCGGCGGAGGCAGUGGCGGUGGCGGGGGCGGCGGCGGGGGAGGGGACAAGAGCCCCCCGGGUUCGGCGGCGUCCAAACGGGCGCGGACGGCGUACACUAGCGCGCAGCUGGUGGAGCUGGAGAAGGAGUUCCACUUCAACCGCUACCUGUGCCGGCCGCGCCGCGUGGAGAUGGCCAACCUGCUGAACCUCAGCGAGCGGCAAAUCAAGAUCUGGUUCCAGAACAGGCGCAUGAAGUACAAGAAGGACCAGAAGGCCAAGGGCCUAGCCUCGUCUUCGGGGGGCCCCUCCCCCGCUGGCAGCCCCCCACAGCCCAUGCAGUCCACGGCCGGCUUCAUGAACACCUUGCAUUCCAUGACCCCCAGCUACGAGAGCCCGUCCCCGCCCGCCUUCGGCAAAGCCCACCAGAAUGCCUAUGCGCUGCCCUCCAACUACCAGCCCCCCCUCAAAGGCUGCGGCGCCCCUCAGAAGUACCCCCCGACCCCGGCGCCCGAUUAUGAGCCUCAUGUCCUCCAAGCCAACGGGGGCGCCUACGGGACGCCCACCAUGCAGGGCAGCCCGGUGUACGUGGGCGGGGGCGGCUACGCGGAUCCGCUGCCGCCCUCUGCCGGCCCCUCCCUCUACGGCCUCAACCACCUUUCCCACCACCCCUCGGGGAACCUGGACUACAACGGGGUGCCUCCUAUGGCCCCCAGCCAGCAUCACGGACCCUGCGACCCCCACCCCACCUACACAGACCUCUCCUCUCACCAUGCGCCUCCUCCUCAGGGUAGAAUCCAAGAAGCGCCCAAGUUAACACACCUGUGAUGGAAGAGGGAGGGCUGAGGGGCAGGUCCUGGGGUGGGGGAGACCCAGGAAGGGCGGGGGCUGUGGAGUUCUGCGGGACAGC